UACCAGGCUCUGGGUGAAAGCCGGAGCAAACCUCUCCUCAGGAGGGUCUCGGAAUCAUGGCACUCUGGCGGGCAUACCAGCGAGCCCUGACUGUUCACCCGUGGAAAGUACAGGUCCUGACAGCUGGGUCCCUGAUGGGCCUGGGUGACAUUAUCUCACAGCAGCUGGUGGAGAAGCGAGGUCUGCGGGGACACCAGACUGGCCGGACCCUGACCAUGGCCUUCCUGGGCUGUGGCUUUGUGGGCCCUGUAGUAGGAGGCUGGUACCGGGUUUUGGACCGGCUCAUCCCUGGCACCGCCAAGGCUGAUGCACUAAAGAAGAUGCUGUUGGACCAGGGGGGCUUUGCCCCAUGUUUUCUAGGCUGUUUCCUCCCACUAGUAGGAGCGCUCAAUGGCCUGUCAGCCCAGGACAACUGGGCCAAGCUCCGGCGGGACUAUCCUGAUGCCCUCCUCACCAACUACUAUCUCUGGCCUGCUGUGCAGUUAGCCAACUUCUACCUGGUUCCUCUUCAUUACAGGCUGGCUGUCGUCCAGUGUGUUGCUGUCAUCUGGAACUCCUACCUGUCAUGGAAGGCACACCGGCUCUAGGCCGGCCUCACUCCGGUGUCGGCGCCUGCUGUGCUGCAGCAUGACCUCCAGUGCGGCCAGAUGGCCUCCUCCAAGUGGCCACAUCGGCUUUCCUGGGGUCCUGUUGCCCCUCAGAACUUAACAGGCUUAGCACCUGACUCCUUUGGAAAUCAUUUCAACCUUUAUAAUGGUCUUAUGCCCACCACACAGUAGGCACUCUGUAAUUGUGUACAGUCUUGUUAGCUGUAGUUUGUACCUGUAUCCCAGCAAUGCCACUUGUCCCCACACUUCACAGACACAUCUGCUCUCUAUAACCUUCCCAGCCCACCUGGAGCUCUGGCUCUUCUGGGGCCCUAAACACUUUAUAUGGUGCCUCCGGAAAUCUGUUAUUAAAUACAUAGUUUGAAACUUGCAGAAAUCUAUGGGGGCAGUUAGAACUUCUAGAGCUAGAAAGAAGUCUAGAGACAACCAAUCCCAAUGUUCUCCCACGGAUGAGCAUGCUGAGGUCCACAGAAGUGAGAUGGCAAGUCCACACCACCAACCAGUGGCAGAGUGGAAACUUGAACGCACAUGUUAUAGAUGAAUGUUUGUAUGCCCUCCAGAAUUCAUCUGUUGCAAACCUAAUGCCCAGGGUGAUGGCAUUAGGCAGUGGGGCCUCUGGGAGGUGAUUAGGUCAUGACGGAUUCGUGCCCUUUUAAAGCAGCCCCAGACAGAUCCCUCACCCUUCCCACCAUGUGAGGACACACCAAGAAGGAAAAGUUAGUGAAUACCACAUCUACCAGUGCCAUGGACUUGGACCUCCCAGCUUCUAGAACUGUGAGAAAUAAAUGAUGUUUAUAAAAUA